GAACCGCGGAGCCUGACGACUUCUCCGCGUCUUCUCCGAGGUCGUCGCGACUCCUCCUCCUCCUCCUCCGCCUCUCCCACCGCCGCGGCGUGCGGCCGUGGGCUCCAGAUCGGCGGCGCGGCGAGGCCCUCGCGUCCCCGCCCGCCGGGGGCGGAAAGCUUCCAGAGCAGGCGUCGCGGCGCUCCGGCGUGGUUAGGGCAUCCGGGGCCACUGUUCCGCCCCUUCCCCCAACCCACCCCACCACGUGCCCUAGAGAGGCGCGAGCACCGGGAGGCUUGACCGGAGGAAUGCAAGACCCAAGAAGCAUGCAACGGGAUGAAUUCGCAACCCCAAAGACACAUAAGAGGAAGGUCGCUUAUCGGCCUCUGGCCUCCAGCCAAAUAAAAGCUGAAACCGAGCUGCUGCGGAAGGAGGUUCCACACACAUCCGGCAAGAACCAGAAAGUCCCUAAGAUAACCUUCAAGAGCGAGCCCCACCUUCCCGCUCCGCAAUCAGAUAGGGUAACCCCGGAUUCCAUGCCGGAGUCUGGUCCCGCUGACGAGUACAGGGUGUUGCGGAGGAAGUACUUGCUGCUGGAGGAGGAGAACUUCGACCUAGACAGGCAAUUGAGCAGGGCUGAAGAGGAAGCCACUGUUCUUGAGGAUGAGAAGUCGGCGCUGCUGGAUCAGCUUGUUGUCUUGGAAGGCCUUGUGGAUCCUUCACAGAUGCAGCCACAGAGAAGGAUAUGAGGCAUUCUAUCUGUGUUCGUUGUUUUGUUCAUAGUCUAAUUCAGUUACUUGUUACUGCUUUCUAGAUGUAACCACUUGUAAUGGAAGAGAAAAGACAUUAUAUCGCUUAACUAUGGAAGUUUGAACAUUUAGAGCAACUUUUUUUUCCGUUAUGAAAGGGUACUGUGGAUUUACCUGUAUCUUACAGUGACAAAAUACAAAAUUCAGCAAAUAUGAAGCUUGACUCAAGUUUGAGUUCUGC